CUGGGGGAUGAAGCCGAUGCAGAGGUUGCUGCAGCUGCCGGUGACGGCCGCUGGGCUGCUGAAGCCGCUGGGGCAGGAGGAGAGCCGGAGCCCAGUGCUGAGUCCCGAGGGCGGCCAGCAGACCUGGUACAGCGCGGUGCAGCCCGACGAGCUGAGGCUGCUGAGGACCUCACCGGAGCCUGAGCACCAGGGUGGUGACACGGCUGAAACAGGUCCCACAACACCCGUCCGACACGAUGACCUGAAGGAGAUGCUGGACAGUAAUAAGGACUCGUUGAAGCUGGAGGCGAUGAAGAGGAUUGUAGCAAUGAUCGCCAGAGGGAAGAAUGCCUCCGAGCUCUUCCCAGCAGUGGUGAAGAACGUUGCCUGCAAAAAUAUCGAGGUGAAGAAGUUGGUUUACGUUUACCUUGUUCGAUAUGCAGAAGAACAGCAGGACCUGGCCCUGCUCUCCAUCAGCACCUUCCAGAGAGGGUUAAAGGACCCGAACCAGCUGAUACGGGCCAGCGCUCUCCGUGUCCUCUCCAGCAUCCGCGUCACCAUCAUCGUUCCCAUUAUGAUGCUAGCCAUCAAGGAAGCUGCCUCGGACAUGUCUCCCUACGUCAGGAAGACUGCUGCUCAUGCCAUCCCGAAGCUCUACAGUCUGGACCAGGAUCAGAAGGACCAGUUGAUUGAGGUGAUCGAGAAGUUGCUGGCUGACAAAACGACGCUGGUCGCUGGGAGUGUGGUGAUGGCUUUCGAAGAGGUGUGUCCCGAGCGCAUUGACCUGAUCCACAAGAACUACCGGAAGCUGUGCAACCUGCUGAUCGACGUGGAGGAGUGGGGUCAAGUGGUCAUCAUCAACAUGCUCACUCGAUACGCCCGGACGCAAUUCCUCAACCCCAACCACAACGAGACCUUACUGGAAGACAACCCAGAGAAAGCCUUUUACGGCUCAGAUGAGGAAGAUUCCAAGCAGGAGCAAGUAGAUUCGGCUGUGCUUCCCAAGCGGAAACCGUACGUGAUGGACCCUGACCAUCGCCUGCUCCUCCGGAACACCAAACCCCUCCUCCAGAGCCGAAAUGCUGCGGUGGUGAUGGCCGUGGCCCAGCUCUACUUCCACCUGGCACCCAAGGCAGAGGUCGGAGUCAUCGCCAAGGCCCUGGUCCGCCUGCUGCGCAGCCACAGUGAGGUGCAGUUCGUGGUCCUGCAGAACGUUGCCUCCAUGUCGAUCAAACGCCGGGGAAUGUUUGAGCCUCAUCUGAAGAGCUUCUACAUCAGGUCCACGGACCCUACCCAGAUUAAGGUGCUGAAGUUGGAGGUCCUGACUAACCUGGCCAGUGAGACAAACAUAUCCACAAUUCUCCGGGAAUUCCAGACAUACAUCAAGAGCCAGGACAAGGACUUUGUGGCUGCCACCAUUCAGGCUAUUGGUCGCUGUGCCACCAACAUCGACGAGGUCCAGGACACUUGCCUGAAUGGCCUGGUCCAACUGCUCUCCAAUAGAGACGAGCUGGUGGUGGCCGAGUCCGUGGUUGUCAUUAAGAAACUGUUGCAGAUGCAGCCUGCUCAGCACAGUGACAUCAUCAGGCACAUGGCAAAGCUCAUCGACAACAUCAUGGUUCCAAUGGCAAGGGCCAGCAUCCUUUGGCUGAUCGGAGAGUAUUGCGAGCACGUGCCCAAGAUAGCACCUGACGUCCUGCGGAAAAUGGCCAAGUCCUUCACAAGCGAGGAGGACAUUGUGAAGCUGCAGAUCAUUAACCUGGCUGCCAAGCUCUACCUCACCAAUUCCAAACAGACCAAACUGCUGACCCAGUACGUUCUAAACCUGGCCAAGUACGACCAGAACUAUGACAUCCGUGACCGAGCUCGCUUCAUCCGCCAGCUCAUUGUUCCCACAGAGAAGAGCGGGGUGUUGAACAAGUACGCCAAGAAGUUGUUCCUGGCCCAGAAGCCGGCUCCGGUGCUCGAGUCUUCCUUCAAAGAUCGGGACCACUUCCAGCUCGGAUCACUGUCCCACCUGCUCAACAGCAAAGCCAGCGGAUACCAGGAGCUCCCUGAUUGGCCGGAAGCAGCCCCCGACCCUUCAGUCCGCAACGUUGAGGUUCCAGAAUGGACCAAGCCCAGCGGCCGAGAGAAAAGGAAGGAAAAAGUGGAGAAACCAUUCUACUCGGAGUCGGAGGGAGAGUCUGAACCCACCGAGUCAGCGGACAGUGAGUCUCCCAGCACCAGCGAGUCGGAAAGCAUGAGUGAAAUUGAAAGUGAGAGUGCCUCAGGGAGCGGCGAAGAGAGCGACGAGGAGGCCAAGUCAGAUAAGCAGAAGAAGAAGAAAGCACAGAAGGAGAAGAGCAAGCAGAAAGAUGAAAGCGAGGACAGCGGGCAGAGUGAGGGGGAAGAGAAGGCCAAGAAGCAGAAAGUGGAGGCGUCGAGCUCCUCGUCACCCUCCUCCUCCGAGGACAGCUCCUCCGAAAACAGCUCCUCCGAGUCGGAGCCAGAGGAAAACUCGGAAUCGGACACUGGGAAAAAACACAAGGCAAAGACUCCUCCUCCCAAAUCACCCUCUGAAGCACUCAAGGCUAAAGAGAAGGAAAUCUCCCUCCUUGACCUCGACGAUUUCAGCGGACCCUCGGUCCUCCCAACCACCCCGUCACCCAACACGUUCUCCAAGAGUCUCAACCUGGAUCUGCAGGGACUAAACUUGUCCAACUCCUCCCUACCAUCCGAGGUGUCGAGUCCUUCGCUCGGCAAGGUGAAGACGUACGAGCUGCUGCACCGGCUGACGGGAGAGGGGCUGUCGGUGCGGUACCACUUCACCAGGAGACCCUUCAGUCCCGACCAGGCCAUGGUCUCCGUCCAGAUGCAGUUCACCAACAACUCCGAAAUGGAAAUCCGACACCUCCGCAUCAAUGAACCCAAGCUGCACUCGGGAAUGAGGAUGCACGGAUUCAAGGAGAUCGAUGUCCUCCCGCCUGGUGACGUUGCCUUGGAAACAAUGGGCAUUGACUUCUGCGAUUCCACGCAAGCAGCCAACUUCCAGCUGUGCUCCCAGACCAGGCAGUUCUACAUGUCCAUCCAGCCGCCCGUGGGAGAGCUGAUGAUGCCCGUCUUCAUGACCGAGAACUCGUUCAAGAAGGAGCAAGAACAACUGUUAAACACCAGCACUGGAAAACUGUUGGGAAUGAAUGAAAUCAACGAGAAACUGACCCUUGCAGAGCAGUGUCAGAGUGACCAAGCCAUCGUGCAGCGGGUGAUGUCGACUGCUAACCUCGGGCGGGUACCCUGUGGUCAGAGCAACGAAUACCGGUUUGCCGCUCGGACUGUGAGCGGUGGUGCAUUGGUCCUCGUUACCCUGGUAACCAAGGAUGGCAGCACUGCUCAACUGACUGUGAACUGUGAGAAGAUGGUGAUUGGUACAAUGAUGGCGAAGGACAUAAUGGAAGCACUAACCCAGUGACGGGCGCCACCAACCCCUCGAUGCUGCUUGACCUGCUGAGUGUUUCCAGCAUUCUCUGCUUCUCGUCCUGAUUUCACUUUUGACUUGUGAGGAGAUCCCAAUAAAGGUGUGACCUCCAGCCCUGGCGCCACCGUCUCUUGAAGGAAACGUACAGCAAAAUUUUGAUAAUCUACCACCCAACAAUUCAGAAAUUCUGAUGGUUCGGCUUUUGGCUCACCGGGUGCGGGUUCUCUCUUCCACUCACCGGCCUCCCAUUCUCCCUUUCGCUCACCGGAGCCCCAGUUCCGACCCUCCCUUCCUUAGGGUCCUAGAUCCCACACUCCCUUAGAACUCACCUUGCCCUGUUUCCCAUGCUCUGUUAAAACUCACCUGGUCCUGUUUCUCACACUCCACUUAAGCUCUCUGGAUUCAUUGGAAAAUGUAUUAUUCUACUGUUUAACAUCUAAAAAAAAGUGAAUUAAAAGUGUGUUGGAGGAUUAAUAUUCUAUAACAUCCAAUAGUCUGGAAAAUCUGCUUGUCCAGCACCACCAAAGACCCAAGAGUGCUGGAUUAUUGGAGUUUUAAUGUAGAAUAUUCUCACCUGCUUAGCAGUGCAUCCAAUGGAGGGGCACAGUCUUGGAGUUAUACAGCAGUGAAGCAGAGUUAUAUAGCACAGGAACAGGCCCUUUGGCCCAACUCGUCCAUGCUGACCAAGUUGCCUACCUGAACUAGCCCUAUUUGCCGGCAUCUGGUCCCUAUCCCUCUAAACCUUUCCUAUGUGGAUUGGAUGAAACUUCUGCAUUUCCCCACAAGGAAAGCUGCUAUGUGAGGGAAGUUAGAUCUAUUCCACCCCCUUCGCCACAGAUGUCCUCACCUCGACCUGGAUAUUCAGGUUAGCUGCACAAUUCCCCCUCCCCCUUUGCAUUGGCCUGUGAACCUGCUUAGAGUCUGUUCCAGAUUAAUGUUAGGUUGCCCUCUCUCUAUCAGCUGCCCUGAUUGGGUGAGCAAAUGGUUCCUCUGUCUCCCCCUCACCUGUUCAGAGAAAUUCCUCCCUUAAAAUAUGCCCCGCUGCCCAGUCCCCAACAGAACUAAAAAUAAACACAGAAGCUGCUGGAAAUACUCAGUGGGUCGGGCAGCAUCUGUGGAGAGAAGACUUGGAAAAGCUAGAGGUGUAGCAAGUUUUGAACAAGGACGGGGGUGGGGGGGGAGAAGGAAGAUCAGAAGGGAAGGUGGGAAACAGGAUAACAGCAGAUAAUAGUGUAGAGUGGGGACGGUGGUAAUGGAGCAAGAAACAAAAGAAGGGUUUAGAGGAGGUGAUAUUGGUGUAGCAGGAACAUUACCAGUAGCUGCUGUCUGAAAAAUGUGGGACACAGAAUAAGAGCUGAAAUCGUUGGGCAGUUCCUGGAGGCUGCAGUGUGAGUAAGCAAGUGGACGUUCUGUUCCCCGAAUUCCCAAUUAGCUUCUUUGGAAUAACCAGAGAGGAAGAUGAUGGAGAUCAGAAGUGGGUUGGAGAAUUGAACUGACAUGUGGCUGGAAACCUGCGAGAUUUUUCUCUCGAAAUCUCGGUGGGAGAUUGCCAGAAUGGUCAUGUUACCUUGCCCGAUUCGAAUAUGCUUUGAGCACAGUUGUUGGGGCAGGAGUGGUAAUACUGAGGGAAAGAAUGUUUGGUCACAUGCAGGAGUGAGUUACUGUCUGUGGAAAGUGAUAUGUGAGCAGGUAUGCAGAAUUGAAGAGCUCAUUGUUCUCUGCUGUGACAUACCCACUGUGUGUUACCUACACCGGUGGCAGUGGUGUUGUUCACAGGGUGUGCAUGUGGUCCAGUGACGUACCCACUGCGUAUUACCUACGCCGGUGGCAGUGGUGGUGUUCACAGGGUGUGUACGUGGUCCAGUGACGUACCCGCUGUGUAUUACCUACACUGGUGGCAGUGGUAUUCACAGGGUGUGCACGUGGUCCAGUGACGUACCCACUGUGUAUUACCCACGCUGGUGGCAGUGGUGUUGUUCACAGGGUGUGCACGUGGUCCAGUGACAUACCCACUGCGUACUACCUACGCCAGUGGCAGUGGUGUUGUUUACAGGGUGUGCACGUGGUCCAGUGGAUGUGAAGCUCUUGCAGUGUUAUUUAGUGACCAAGAAAAGGGAAUUGCAUAUUAGUCAAAAGAGCUGAAUUUACCACCCUUCCUGAGAUACAAAGUGCAUGUCACACCAGGCUCCAAAGAACGUCCUCAGCGAAAGGAUCAAAUGAAACCCCACAGUAUAGGUAACGUCACCAUACACUUGGUAAUGAAAUCCUGAAUCCUCAGUUGCUACGGGUAAGAGAGAGAGAGAGAGGCCCUGUUCUUGAUGCAGUUCACUUUAAUAAUAGCUAAUUUCUGUUGCUUUGCUGAGUGUUGUCCUUCCAAUGUCCAUCUUUGGUUGUGCAGUAUUACCUCGCUUGUUUACACGACUGCUUUGGCAGAUUAAUUUAUUGUACAAAAACCUCAAUUAAAAUCUGGUA